AUGGCACGCCCGUGUUCUCGUGCCGUGUGCGGCCUUCGAGUUGGGCUGUUCGGGGUGACCGGUUUUGGCUUCAGUCGAAAAAGGCAUGAGGCCCGCUGCGUUGCAGCCGCUGCCCACGAAAUGCCCCCGGCCCCGGCGCCAAUCCACCCCGGCGUCCUUGAAGCUGCCAAGCUGCUUGUUCCCAAAGUAGACGUGGGCGUGGACGUGGAGAGACUACAAGAAAACGACUUGGUGCGUUUCUUGUAUUUUUCGCAGAAAGAGAUGGAGCGGCUGCUGGCGGCAGACCAAGCGAUAGCACACGAGGUCAUGGAUCUGGCCAUCGUCACGUGGAAGCCAGGGGGAGGGCCAGGUCCAUGGGAUCAGGGAAUCUUUGCCGAUAACCUCCCCAAAUACAUUGAUGUGGAUGAGAUGGUUGGGUUUGGGGAUGGUUUUAGAGCCAUCGCCGUGGAACGGUGCACAAAGCUGCAGCAGCUGGGCCCGCCGACUCACAAUAAGCGGGGCAGCCUACGGUGGCGGGUGAGCCUUGUGCUUUCCAAGAUAGCGCAUGGCGGUUUCACCUCCCGAUCAUCCUUGUGA